AUGAAAUUUAUGGGAACAUAUGGUUCGACUGUGGAUUCUUCUCGAGUAGAGGUUUCAGUAGAAAAGGCUGAAACACAGCUUCAUUCUUUAGAAAAAAAUGCCAUUAAUGUGGGUUCGUUUCAACUUGAGCGUUCUAUAGAUAAAACUGAAACUAGACCACAGAUAUCACAAGACGAUAUUGAAACAAAGUUGGGUGAUACGUUCUGUUCUGUUAUUACAGGAAUGAAACUAAGUUCCCUGGACGAUAAAAAUUCUGUAUCCACUGAGUCUAGGAAUCUUUUAGCUGGAAGUGAUCUGGUAAAUUUUGAUACAACAGCUUUGAUAGCUUUUGUAUCAGGAAUUAGUAAUGGUGGAACAGAGAAACUUUUGGCUACUCCGGAAAGUGAUCUGAGACAGCGGUUUAAGGGAAACUUUGACUUUGUGAUUGGUCAAAUAAUAUCUGAACUUCAAAAUCCAAUCCAUGUGGAAUUUGGUAAAGUCCUGUGUGGAAAGCAUGGCAUAAUUUGUGAGAGUGUUCUUUCAGAAUUUAAGGAGUUGGUACUAAUGUGUGGAGGGCCCAAUGAGAAACUUAGAGCUAACAAGGUUGUUCCUGAUACUCCUUCAGAACGCAUGAUGGGCCUCCCAACAACUAGGAAGCUGGCAUUAAAAAACAAGAUUCUCUUUGGCACUGGUGACCAUUAUCAUGCCCCAACUUUGGCAGCAAAUAUGGCAUUCGUCAGAGCAGUUUCACAGACGGGGAUGUCCCUCUCCAGUAUUGAACAUAGACCAAGGGCAUUAACUGGUGAUUAG